UGACUCACGCGUCGCGGAAAUGACGCAUCUGUAAUGCGUUUGUUUCAAGCGUCUCAAGAGGAACGCGUGUUUGCCCGCGAGACUGUUUAGUCCUCUCGUCCUUUACCAUGAUCAUCCCUAUUCGCUGCUUCACUUGUGGGAAGAUUGUUGGGAACAAAUGGGAGGCAUAUUUAGGUCUUCUUCAAGCAGAGUAUACAGAAGGUGAUGCUCUUGACGCUCUGGGUUUGAAGAGAUACUGCUGUCGCCGAAUGCUUCUGGCUCACGUGGAUCUCAUUGAGAAGUUGUUGAAUUAUGCACCGCUGGAGAAAUGAGGAGCUUUCUGUGCAACUGAAGAUGAAAAUCCCACUCGGCCUCUCCUCAUAUUUUCAAAGACUUGAUCCUAAUGGAAGACAUACAGGCAUGGGCUUCGACCCGGGCAUGGCUGGUUCAUUAGACUAUAUCUGAAGUAAACUUAUGAUGUUGUAUUGUUGUUUAUUUGCAUUUUGCAUAAAGAUCGAAAUGUA